GGCAACCCUACUCUCGGAAGAGGAUUUUUGUACUGUUGUUUUGUCAAAUAUUUUUGAAAAAAUCAUGGUGGCAAACGGUUUUUGUUCUGGAGACCUUGUCUGGGCGAAGAUGAAAGGCUAUCCAUUUUGGCCAGGAAAAGUUGUGGAUCCUCCUACAAAUGCUAAAAAUCUUCCAAAACAGACAAAGAACAAACAUUAUAUUUUCUUUUUUGGUUCAGAAAACCAUGCUUGGAUCACAGAUGAUAACAUCAUGCCUCAUUCAGAAAAAAUGUUGCCGGUCAGCAUGAAAAAAAAGUCGGCUCAAUUUCAGGCUGCUGUAGACAUCAUUGUAAAUGAAGGUAAGAAACAUGUUAAGAAAGAAAAACCCGAAGAAAAAGUCAAAGAAAAACAAAGUAGUGAAAAAAUUGUUUCUAAGAAAAAAGUAGCUCGAGUCAGUAGCGUCGCUGAGAAGGUAGACAAGUCAUAUUCAUCUACUAGCAGUGCCAGUUCUGAAAAAUUGAAGACCGAACCACACAAGAAGCGUCCCCAAAAACGGUCCUACUCCGAAGUGGAGAUAGAUGUGGAGACUGUUGACACAUAUAAACAAGAGAAGGUGGAAGAAGAAGACGAUCCCUUGCAAGCUCUUUACUUAACCUGUCCUACUGAGUCAUACCACAAUGGUGAAGCGUCCUGCAGUUCUCAAUCACAGCCAUCUCCCUCAGUUGCGGGAACCUCACGUAAAAAGCGUUCAGAAUCACCUAGCCUAGAUAUUGAGAACAUUUGUGAAAUAUUGAAAAAUAAACAGUCUAGACCAAGUGAUAUAAAGGUUGGCUUUUUAGGGCUUGGUAAAAUGGGGCAAGGCCUGGUGAAAAAUCUGCUGAGAAGUGGCCAUUAUGUUACUAUGUGGAACCGCACCACAGAAAAAUGUGAUCCCUUUAUUAGUGAAGGAGCAAAUAGGGCACUAACACCUGCUGAUGUUGUGGCAUGGUCUGAUGUCACAUUCUGCUGUGUUUCUGACUCAGAGGCAUGCAAGUUGGUUGUUUUCGGGCGUUCGGGUGUUCUGGAGGGUUUAGAGAGAUGCGGUGGCCAAAGAGGUUAUGUUGAAAUGACAAGCAUUGAUGCAGAAACUUCUCAUGAAAUUUCCGAAGCCAUCACUGGUAAAGGAGGGACUUUUUUGGAGGCUCACAUCAAUGGAUCCAUUAUGAAUGCCGAGGAGGGAACACUUUUCAUAUUGGUGGCAGGAAACAGGAGCCUCUUUGCAAACUGCUCAUCAUGUUUCAAAGCUAUCAGCAAAAAUGCCUACUAUAUUGGUCCUAAAGUAGGCACCGGGGCCCAAAUGAACCUGAUUUUAAAAAUGCUUCACGGAAUUUUUUAUGCUGCUCUUGGAGAAGCUAUGGCACUAACUGAUCGAUUGAAACUUUCUCAAAAUGACCUGACAGAAGUUCUGGAGCUGAGUUCCUUGAACUGUCCUGGUUUAAAUGAAAAAUGUCAAGCUAUUGUCCUCAAAGAUUUUUCAACACGUACUACGUUACAGCAUUUGCAGAAAGAUAUGAACAUGGCGAUAGCUAUGAGUGAUCAGUGUGAUCAACCUACACCUUUGGCGAGUGGUGCAAAUGAGAUGUUCAAACUCGCUAAGCUCUUAAAACAUGCCGAAAGUGAUGUUAGUGCUGUUUAUCAAGCUUCCAGGUACUGGAUGCAGUGAUACCUCUCAUAUAAAAAUGUUGCAUUUAUUGUAGUGACCAAACUUCAAAUAUGUGCAGUUAAUAAAUGAAACCAUUUUGAAUAAGUGGUGGAUAAUCACGAAAGUCCUGUGUUUAAAAAAUUUUGGAAGUUGUAAGAGAAUCAUUGUUUUCUCACAUAUGUUUGUGUGUGGUUUAUAUAUCAUUGUUGAAGAAGAAAUGUUACAGUUCUAAUGAAAUUCUGUGCGUUAAUUCCAUGGUUCAUUAAAAGUUUAAUGUGC